GAGGCGGGGGCGGGGCUGCCGGGGGCGGUGCGCGGGAAGGGAACCCCAGGCUGCCUGGAGCGGCGGGAGCGAUCCGGAGGGGACCGUCGAGCUGGGGUUCGGCCCGUAGCCCGCCGCCUGCCCCACCCCGGUCACUGGGGGCAGCAUGAAGUGUCUGGUCACGGGCAGCAACGUGAAGGUGCUCGGCAAGGCCGUCCACUCCCUGUCCCGCAUCGGGGACGAACUCUACCUGGAGCCCCUGGAAGACGGGCUCUCCCUCCGGACCGUGAACUCCUCCCGCUCGGCCUACGCCUGCUUCCUCUUUGCCCCCCUCUUCUUCCAGCAGUACCAGGCGGCCACCCCUGGUCAGGACCAGCUGCGCUGUAAGAUCCUGAUGAAGUCCUUCCUGUCUGUCUUCCGCUCACUGGCAAUGCUGGAAAAGACUGUGGAGAAAUGCUGCAUUUCCCUGAAUGACAGGAACAGCCGCCUGGUAGUUCAGCUGCACUGCAAAUAUGGGGUGAGGAAGACUCACAACCUGUCCUUCCAGGACUGCGAGUCCCUGCAGGCCGUCUUCGACCCAGCCUUGUGUCCCCAUGUGCUCCGUGCCCCAGCCAGGGUCCUGGUGGAGGCUGUUCUGCCUUUCCCCCCCGCACUGGCUGAAGUGACGCUGGGCAUCGGCCGUGGGCGCAGGGUCAUCCUGCGUAGCUACCAAGAGGAGGCAGACAGCGCUGUCAAAGCCAUGGUGACGGAGAUGAGCAUCGGAGAGGAGGAUUUCCAGCAGUUGCAGGCCCAGGAAGGGGUAGCCAUCACUUUCUGCCUCAAGGAAUUCCGGGGGCUCCUGAGCUUCGCAGAGUCCGCCAACUUGUCCCUCAGCAUUCACUUCGAUGCCCCGGGCAGGCCAGCCAUCUUUGCCAUCGAGGACUCUCUGCUGGACGGCCACUUUGUCCUGGCCACACUCUCGGAGCCGGACUCGUACCCCCAGACCCUGCGUGCCCAAGAGGAGCUCCAGCGGCCAGAGCCCCGGCUUCAGGCUCACAGCACGCCCCACCUAGACCUGGAUGACUUUGCUGUCGAUGACAUGGACUCUUACAUGAUCGCCAUGGAAACCACCGUGGGCAGCGAGGGCUCCCGGGCACUGCCCUCCAUCUCCCUUUCACCUGGCCUCCAGCGCCCCUGUAGCUCCAGCCCCCACUCAGAGGAGGAAGAUGACAUGGAGCCCAGCACAGUGCCUGGGACUCCCCCGCCUAAGAAGUUCCGCUCGCUGUUCUUUGGCUCCAUCCUGGCCCCUGCACACUCUCCUCAGGGCCCCAGCCCUGUGCUGGCUGAAGACAGUGAGGGCGAAGGCUGAGCCGGAGAAGUCCGUGUUUGAGGACUGGGCCAGAUGAAGCCCCGCCCCACCCCUCUCCCAAGGCCAGCCAGGGCAGGUCUGCUCUCCUCCUUGGUGGGUGGUAGAGGUGCGCCCUGCUGGAGCUGAGCUGACUGGUCCUGCCACCUUCCCCAGGGCCUUGCCUGGGUCUUGUUGUUUCCCUUCAACCCCCAAUCAUUCAUUCAACCCUCAAUCUAU